GGUUGUGCUGUCUCUGCGCUCUUUCGGCGUGUUCAAACGGUGGUACAGCCUAAAGGACACUUGGGUUCUGUGGAUUACUACAAGCAAGCAGUAAAUUUCGAACUGGUUGAGGACACAAACUGGAUAAUUUACCAGCAGCAGGAACCUUUGGAACAAAUACAGAGACCACACCCCGUUCUCAAGGAACCAUUGACAUUUAUCAAGGGUACAGAUAAUCUCUAAGAACUUUCAAAUUGGAAAUGACCUCUUUUAAGAGACAGGACGGGAUUAUUUUCAAAAGUGAAAAGUCAUUUCACUUGUGAGGAAGAGGUGUUCAACCCUGAGGAGGCGCACUUCACGGCCGCUUCAAUAUGGCUGUGAUUCUCUGAACCUCGGAGGUCUUACUUGACUUGAUCUGAACAUGAACAGUCGACAGAAGGAGGUCCUGGCCUGUGGCAGGUCACUGCUGGUCAGAAACAUCAUCUGGACGCCCCAACUUGCGACUCUCCUCAAGGAGCAGGGCCUGGUUACGGACUCUGUGCUAGCAGACAUCGAGGCAGCGCCUGAACGCCAGGAUAAGGUGCGACUCUUACUGGAUAUAUUGCCGCUGCGAGGAGCUCAAGCCUACGAGAAAUUCUGCGAUGUCCUUCACCUUACUGGGCACCUGUUUCUUUCUGACUUCCUCAGAGAAGAAGAGUCUCGGAAGGAUGGCCUUGACCUUAGUGACCUCAGCAAACGACUUCCUGUCGUGACUCGUGGUCUCAAGGACGUUGAGAGGAAACAACUCGAAGCGUACAUUCUAGAAAAGAUUCAAAGCGAGACAAUGAAGUACGUGUGGAAAAGGGACACGAAAGAAAAAGAAAAAUGGUUAGAAACCAAACAACUUCAGCUCAACGAAGCACAAGAGUUCGAGCAGGCUCGCAAGUCUGCCUUCGAUAAGAUCAAGCACCUCGAGAAAUGCGUGCAGGAUGCCCAGGAUGCGCACGUGAAGGCGAGGACAGAGAAGCGCGUGCUCGAGCGUCAGCUGCACGAGAUGCAGGAAAAGCACCGGGACAGCAUGAGCAUACAGAUUAAAUACAACACCGCGAAUACUUCUGCAAUCCAGAGAUCGGGAGAGCAGGUUGGACAACUUAAGGCCACGAUGAAGACAAUUCACAAUGUGAUCAAUGAUCUCGUAACUUUGAAACCUCGAGAGAGUGAGCGAGAGCUGAUGGUGCUGAGUGAAAAUGAGUUUGCAUUUUUGGUUGAAGAUUUUGAAGUGUUUGUGUCGAAAUAUAAAGAUUUGUUAGAGGUGAAGGAGAAAUAUGAAGCGUUGUUAGAAGAGAGAGAUCUGAUGCUGCUCCAUCUUGGAUAUGCACCGGAAGAACAAGAUACGCCAUCUUUGUUAUUUGCUUUUAAAGACUUUGCAGUAAAGACUGAUGAAAAUUUACACCAGAUGAGGCGUGAGAUUUCUAGAUAUGGAGAUUUGUUGCAACGAGAAACUGCUAAAGUAGAAAACUUAACAAAAGAAAAAGAUAUCAGAUCUCAAGAGGAUAUUGAACAGGAGACGAAGAAGUCCAAGAUGGCGUCGGGAGCAGCGGUCUGGCAGGCGGCCAUCAUGACAGUGAUGAGGAAACAGUUAAAUGACUUGAAAAUCGACGUCAGGAAGAAGGGGACGCAACUCAGUAUGCAGGAAGAUGAGAUUACAAAGAUGAAAACCAAAAUCACAGCUCAGGAUAAACUGAUUGACAGAUUUAAGGAACGUAUGACAGACACCGAGACGGUCAGCGAGGCGAGACCGACUCUAAACGGCCAUCUCUCUGCAAGCCUUGAGAGUUUGGACGGGAAAAAGUCACAGAUACUGCCUCCAAUUCGAUUUACUCAGUAUCAGCCCCCAAGCCACUCGCCUGUGCCAAAACACGGUGGGUCGGUGAGAAAACAUCACGCCACUGUCUCUCGGACCUUCCACCGCGAACAGAUAAGUCUCUCGGACGGGCUAAUCGCUGGACCUGUUCGUUUGGAGAACAGGGCGAAAAACCAGAUGGGCAACGUUGUUGGUGAUCUCAAGUCUCUCCACAACCGCCACCGCACCUCAGCCUACAACGACAGGAACAGCAUGACCAUUGUCGGCAAGGAAGUUGUCUCCCCUACACCUAAACGGCAUCAGGCUAAUGUCAGGACAUAAACAAUGUGAUCUAAGAAUGGUAGUAUAUACCUAACAACUUAUAUACAAAGCCAGUACUAACAUGGGGACCAAUAGAACUGGUGCCAAGUUAUUUGGAAAUCCAAAAAUGCCCCGUUGUAGUAUGCACUCCUUCUUACAUUUGCGUUUUUGGCUUAAAGCCCUAAUGUUACCCUUGAUAGGAGCUUCAUUCAGUUUUUUCAUCACAAAUUAAAUACGUGUUGAUUCAACAUCCGGGUUACAUCUGGUGUUGAUUCAUCAUCCGGGUUACAUCUGGGUGUUGAUUCAACAUCCGGGUUACAUCUGGGUGAUGUUUCAACAUCCGCACAAUACCAAUGAGACCUAAAGCUACACAGGUUGACUCGUUUCACAUUGUAUCUUUGUAAUAAGAGAAACACGCCGUAACAUUUUACUCAAAAAAAACCAGCAAAGAGGCCUUUGAAUGAUUUGAAUCAGACUCGUUUGAACAACUCGUGUUGUUCCGGAACAACCCGCCAUAUAGCUGGAAUAUUGCUGAGUGCGGCGUAAAACUAAACUCACUAUUCCGUUACAAACCGAAUGGCUUCUUGCAGGUUACGGAAAGGGGCGAGUAGUAGCUAAGUGUCCGGAAGUGCCUUUAAGUUCAUUUGUCACCACUCGCGCCGGCAAGACACCAUUCGGCUUGUCGACUAAAAAGUCAAGUGACCACAGAGUCUUCAGUGAUCCGUGUUUGGGCUUUACUGCAGCUUUCGCUGACUGGUCUCAUGCACUGGUUGUAUCGACUAAUAAGCAGAAUUAUGAAAUAUCCAGUUUUCGCACAAGAAGGGAUGUGCAUGUAAGUGAAUGAUAUCGUCUUGGUUGUCGAACCGGAAAGAUCAAAACGCGAUUAUACGUUAAAAUACACUUGUAUUGUCUACAUCGGAUAAUGGGACAUGAAAUUAUUGUCUCUUUAUUUGAUGAAAUUAGGAAAAUCCCGACGGGUGCAGCUUUAAGCAUAAAGCUAUGAUAAAUUUGAAUCACAUUAGCCGACUGAUCCAGAACGAAGUCGCCUUCAAAACAAAGAUUAAAAAAUACGAUUUCUGA